AUGUGCCUAAUCAUAAAAUGCCUCUUUAUCUGCUUAAUUGAGAAUAUGGAUAACCUUAAUUUAUUCGAUAAAAUCGCCAACGGCUCUAACAAGUCUGGAGGUACGGAUACCAAUGGCAUUCAAGAAGAUUUAUAUGAAAACCUAUCUGAAUCAUCCACCACUACUAUUGCUGGUGCUCAACCCGUAGGAAGAGUCGGGGAGAGAAGCUGGACAUUUCUGGAUGAGAAAAGACUUAUCGCCCAGUUUGAGAAAGCUCUACAAUUAACAAGAAUGCGAAGCGUUCAAUACAGCAGGAGAAAAAUGCAAAUAGAAGCCAAUGCUUGGCGUACUCUCGUCAGACAGUUCAAUGCUCACGCUAUCCAGCCCAGAAAUAAAAAUGCCCUCGAAGAAAAGUGGAAGAAGCUGAAGGCCGAGUUCAAAGAGCAGUAUGAUGUAUUUCACGCAGCAGGAAAAAACGGGGUAAUGUCUGUCACCGGAUUCUCUUCUGGUAGCCAGACGACAACACUUAAUGAGAGCACCCAAGAGCCAAAAAAUGAACCUUCAAAUGAGGAAACUACUUCCAAAGAAGAACCAAAUAAUAUCCCAUUGGAGGAAAUACAGACGUUUAUGGAAGACAUCUUCGACUCAACCGGUAGAUCUGAAACACCCCAAUAUGAUGAUAUGGAUUCGAAUGAUGAUCAAGGGAUGCCCCAUAGUCUAAACAGAUCUUGGAUUGAGCAUAAAGAUGAUGAAUUCAUGGAUCGCAUUGAGUAUAUGAACUAUAAAAACAUGCAACAGAGAGAGAGACACUUCAGUGUUUUUCGGAAGCAAGGUGAAGCUCUGCUUAAAAGUGUUGAUCUUGCAGGAAGGGAAGCUGCCAUUGCAACCACUAAUAUCAAGGAGAUCACACGUUGCAUGCAAAAUAGUAAUGCUAGAUUGGAUAGCUUGUUCGAUAUAAUUAAAAGACGUUUUGAACCCAGUGAUAAUAAGAAUGAAUAG